AUGCGUUCCUUGACGCGGGCUGACGUGACCAAGUUCACCAAGCUGCACUGCUUCCCCCUGCUGGAGACAGCACUGUUCUUCCUGAUGUCCUGGAGCACCUUCCUCCUGGCAGAGGCCUGCGGGUUUACAGGUGUUGUGGCUGUCCUUUUCUGUGGAAUCACACAAGCCCAUUAUACCUACAACAAUCUGUCGGUGGAAUCCAGAAGUCGGACGAAGCAGCUCUUUGAGGUGUUACACUUCUUGGCAGAGAAUUUCAUCUUCUCCUACAUGGGCCUGGCGCUGUUCACCUUCCAGAAGCACGUUUUCAGCCCCAUUUUCAUCAUUGGAGCUUUUGUUGCCAUCUUUCUGGGCAGAGCUGCACAUAUCUACCCACUCUCCUUCUUUCUCAACUUGGGCAGAAGACAUAAGAUUGGCUGGAAUUUUCAACACAUGAUGAUGUUCUCAGGCCUCAGGGGAGCAAUGGCGUUUGCACUGGCCAUCCGAGACACGGCAUCCUAUGCUCGCCAGAUGAUGUUCACGACCACCCUCCUCAUUGUCUUCUUCACCGUCUGGAUCGUUGGUGGAGGCACAACACCCAUGCUGUCCUGGCUUAAUAUAAGAGUUGGCGUCGAGGAGCCCUUUGAAGAGGACCAGAAUGAAAACCACUGGCAGUACUUCAGAGUUGGUGUUGACCCAGAUCAAGACCCGCCACCCAACAACGACAGCUUUCAAGUCUUACAAGGGGAUGGUCCAGAUUCUGCUGGAGGAAACCGGACAAAGCAGGAGAGUGCAUGGCUGUUCAGGCUGUGGUACAGCUUUGACCACAAUUACUUGAAGCCCAUCCUCACUCACAGUGGCCCCCCAUUAGCCACCACCCUCCCAGCCUGGUGUGGCCUGCUCGCUCGAUGUCUGACCAGUCCCCAGGUGUAUGACAACCAAGAGCCACUGAGAGAGGAAGACUCUGAUUUCAUCCUGACUGAGGGUGACCUCACCUUAACCUACGGGGACAGCACAGUGACUGCCAAUGGCUCCUCCGGCUCCCACACGGCCUCCAUGAGCCUGGAGGGCAGUCGGAAAACAAAGAGCAGCUCUGAGGAGGUGCUGGAACGAGACCUGGGAAUGGGAGACCAGAAGGUUUCCAGCCGGGGCACCCGCCUAGUGUUCCCCCUGGAGGAUAAUGCAUGA